CCGAAAAGAGAAUAGGGGUGAUUAAUGAAUUAAUGGUCAUGUAUAAUCUUGAUAGAAAUGACAAAAACAUUCCCAAGAAGGAACAAAGAAAAAUGAAUAAAUAUGUUGGUUCAACUCAAAACCUAGUAGUUAUUAUGCGGAAAAUUCCCGGCGGUGGACCAGUGAUUAAUAUUGAUAAGAAUCAGUUUGACAAUUCUGCCCAUGCUAGAAAACACUCUGCUGACUACACUAAAAAAAUAAUCAAUCUAUUUUUAAAGCAAGAAAAAAUUAAUCCUUCCCAUUACCAGAUAUCUGUUUUGGAUAGUUGGGGAGUCGAAAACUUCGGCCAAGAAAUAAAAAUCAAUUUUGGGAGAAGUGGUGGAAAAUCAGCCGGCAGUGCGGUUUAUUUGGCUUUACUAAGUGCCUACCACCAAAAACCGCUUUCUCGGACAGUCGCCGCGACCGGGGCUUUGUCUUUAUCCACUAAAAUAAUCAAAAAAGGAAAAAUUAACGACCAAGAAUUCACCAUCAUUCCAGGCACCAACUUGCCUAUUCAGGGUCUAAAAUGA